AUGUCCGAUGAGGCGAGCCAUGUUGCCGUAGCAGGCGAGGCUGCGCCGAACGAAACCUCAGCCCCGCCGCAGACAACAUCUCAAGACGUCAAAGGCAAGGAACAUGAACAGGACGUGAUGGAGAACUCACAAGAGAUUCGACCGCCGCUGCCCCCAAGACCAACAAAUCUUGAUUUACUGGAUGAACGGGGUUCUGGCGGCUCUGUCAGGUUGCCGAAGCGGAUGGCCUCGCGACCAAAUCUGCAAGCACGGCCAACUACCGCGGUUUCCCUGACAGAUGUACACACGUCAAACAAUCCACAAGACCAUGGUUCGCCAACUCUUGCUCCUUCCAGCCGGCCUGUAUCCAGAAAACAGAGUACGGCCACCAUGGACCGGUUUCGAAGUCGCGUGGGCAGUGACGCAGCUGAAACAAGCAGUGUCCGCAGCUUCACCAAUACUCUAGGGACAGGCGCCGAAAUGGAAAGUCUUCUCGGUGACCCCUUUCCUACCAGUCCUGCUUGGAAAUCGCUGAGUGCGCAGCUCGAAAAGGAAAACCCAAUGGAUCACGUUUUCGAUGAGGAUGAUAUUUUCAGCCUUCGCAUGCAUCAUGAGUUCGACGAGUUGGAGGAGUUUAGAGCCAAUGGCACGAAUGAGGAGUUUUUGAUGAACUCGUGGACUGCGAAACUCAAGCAUUUCUUCAUUCUUUCGUCGGCGGGAAAGCCUAUCUGGAGUAGGCACGGAGACGAUCAGGUUAUCGCCAACCACAUUGGAAUACUGCAGACUCUCAUCUCGUUCUAUCAGGAUGUGGACGACAAUCUACGAGGCUUCACUGCUGGAAACGCGAGAUUUGUGAUUUUAUCCAAGGGUCACCUGAACCUGGCGGCCAUCAGCAGACUCGGCGAGAGUGAUCUGCAGCUUAAGACGCAGUUAGAAUCUCUGUACAUGCAGAUCCUCUCGACGUUGACUUUACCGAGUAUGCAACGCAUGUUCUCCAAUCGGCCUUCCACAGACUUAAGACGACCAUUACAGGGCACAGAAGUAUUGCUCGGAGCCCUGGCCGAUGGGUUCACAAGAGGCUCUCUACCAACCCUUCUCUCAGCGCUAGAAUGCUUGAAGAUAAGGAAAGCUCAUCGCCAAGUCAUCAACAAUACUCUUCUCAAAGUCAAAUCGCCAAAUCUACUCUACGGUCUUAUGGUAGCAGGUGGACGUCUAGUCAGUGUAGUACGACCACGAAAACACUCUCUUCACCCAGGCGACCUCCAACUCAUAUUCAACAUGCUGUUCGAAGCCGGCAGCGUCAAAGCCGGCGGUGGCGAGAACUGGAUUCCGCUGUGUCUGCCUGGCUUCAACAAUACUGGCUUCUUAUACAUGUAUGUCAGUUUCCUAGACAUUGGUGCAGACCACGCAAAAGUGUCGGAAGAGAGACCACAACCUUCGACUUCUCCUCGUGAUGACGAUCAAUUGGCUAUUAUCCUCAUCAGCGCGGAUAAAGAGGCCUUUNACGAAUUACGCCAGAUGCGUGACGACUUGAUAGAUGUAAGAUUUCCCCACUACCUUGAAGCUACACACACACGGAAUACUGACUUUCCCGUCAAACACNAGCAACUCAAUCAAAACGGCAGCAUGGCCAUCCUCAGCACCUCCAUCCGCCGCGGCCGCCCUACCAUCUCCUCCAUCCUCCCAUCCUCCCCCCNNCUCCUCCACUUCAUCUACAAAUCCCGCCCGAACGUCCAAUUCCUAACCCCCUCUUUCCAUCCCCAUUUCUCUUCUCUUGUCCCUCACCGCCGCUUAGUUUCCCUCUACUCUGCUUUGCACACUGCUGUUCACAAUAAAACUGCUCAUCUUAAGGUGCACUAUGCUUGUGCUAGAGAUGCGGUUGCGUUGGGGUGGGAGACGAAGGAUUAUGAGUUUUAUGGGGUUGCGGGAGCUGGAGCAAGUAGAGAGGCUGUGGCGAAAGCGGCGCAAGAGGUCAUUAAGUGGGUGAGAAGGGAAGAGGAGAGGGUGUUUAUUAUCGGUGGUGCUGUGUUUUAG